GUUAUUACGCGCUUCUGACACCAGAAGAAAGCCAGUGAAGUUGUCCCACUUGCAAAACUAAACCCAAGACAUCUACUAUAUGAACCACUUUACCAGUCUAUUGACUUCUCUAACCAAGCAAUCUACUCCCCCUAAGAACCCUCUGCCAAUACUUAUCCAGUUUCAAUCAAUUGUCUUCUGAACCCAUCUCCUAAAGCACUCAAAUUUGCAGAAAUGUCUUCCACUUCAUCUAAUUUUCAACCUCAAUUGCCACUGCACUUGUGCUUCUUCCUCAUAAUACUCUUCUUCUUGUUUGUGGGCUUCUCAUGGUGCAUGGACACUUCAUAUAAUUCUCAACCUCAAUUGCCACUGCACUUGUGCUUCUUCCUCCUAAUACUCUUCAUGUUUGUCGGCUUGCCAUGGUACAUGAACUGUGAGUCACUGUUCGGAGGACUCUUUGAUCAAAUUAGACUAGUCCUCAUCUUGUCACCAUUGUUGCUGCUUCUAGCUCUUUACUUGAUUUCGAGAUUUCAGAGGUCUUUGUUCUUCAUACCUUGGCGCCAGCAGGACUCUCUUAGCGGGGCUGGUGGGACACCUUGGGGUGUUGCGUUGCUUCUUGUGUUUCUGUUCUUCGUGAUCUCUUACCAGUCUAACUUCAGAGACCGUUGGUAUCCUCUACUGAGCAGAUGAUGCCAAUGACGACGACAACGACUGACCGGUGAUGGACGAAUCAGUUACUAAAUUAUAGUACUUUUUGGACUUCGUUCCAUCUGUAUAGCGUCGAAAAUUAUUUAUGUAAAAGUUUGAUUUUAAAUCACUUUUUUAUAUAAGUAAUUGACUAAUGUUAGAUAAAUUUAAAAAUUAAAUUCAAUAAUUUCAAUCAUCGAAUAGAUAGUGAGUACUAAUAAAUAUUGAGAAUCAAUGAUUAUAAUUAUUCGGUCUAUUUUUCAACUUCACGUAGCGAUGCUUUAAGUAAUUAUGAAGGCUGAUGCUUUAAGUAAUUAUGAAGGCUGAUCUUAGGCGGUGGGUGGAUUUAGGCUAAGACUGAUGGUUGCGUUAACUAUUGCUUUAUACUCUGGAACGAGUUGUCAUAGGCUUGAUCUCAUACUUUUUUGGAUCCCUUUCUUCACUAGCCAUGAAAACAGUUGACUCCUUCCUCAUAGAUAUGAGAUGAAUCUUUUGAUGUAGAUCAGGCAUCCGACUCUGGUUAGAAACUUUGUGCUACACCAUGUAAUCGUUGUAUGAACUUGUUUUGUGUAUUUUUCCUUUCACAUGGGAACUGGUGUGGUAUAUAUACUUGAAUGUUUUUACAGCUUGUUGCUAAGGAAGCCAUGGUAAUGCUUUCAGAUUUUGGCGGGUCCUAUAAAAUCAAGUGUAAUUAGAUUUCCAACUCUUG